CUCCUGGCUUAAAGAGCAGAACAAUAGGCGCCGGAUAUGAACCGAUAUUAACGUUUCACUCUUAUUUAUUCAGCCAGUGGAGGACUGCAAUAAAAAAAACAAAAAAAGCUGGACGUCUUGAGGGCGUGUGACGUGCGCAUGCGCGGUGGGCCAGUUUCCAUAGUGCUGUUGAUUGAUUCUUCAACUUCUGACUCUCGUCCUGCUGUGACACAAACCCAAGGACACUGGAGCAUUUUAUUCAGGCUCGCGUUAUUUUUUAAGCUCUUCUUCUUUCGUUGCUUUCUGUUCUCCAUAAUGUGAACUUAACUUUUUUUUUUUUACCCGAAGCACCUGCUCGCUUGGCAAACUAAUCAUGGGCUGUUAAUAAACGGCGACGAUCUACGUUUUUAUGUUUGAACAGAAUCACUCUGUUGUUUUAACUUCAUGGUCUAUCAACCGAAAAAAUGAGCUGCUUCAGUCCGAGGUUUAGGCGCACGGCUCCCAUGCGGGGCAGCAGCAGAAACGAGCUGGUCCCCUCCAAGCCCCCGAGGGUGAACGGAUGGUCGUGGCCCCCUCAAGCUUUCCAAGUGGUCGGGUGGCUGGUGUACAGCUACCUCACCAUAGUCAGCUUCGGGAUCUACAUCCCUCUUCUGCCUCUGCCGUGGAACCACGUGGCCUAUACCCUGAUGGGAAUUUCUUGUAUCGUGCACUUUUUCGCCCAUGUUGCUGCUGUGACGAUAGAUCCAGCAGAUGCCAGCGUGAGGGCCAAACAGAGCUACUCCAGUCCGAUGCCCCGGUUUGACCGAUCCAAGCAGCCUCAUGUGAUCCAUGAUCUACACUGUUAUCUGUGUGAUGUCAAAGUGGGCCCCAAAGUAAAACACUGCGGCGUGUGCAACAAGUGCGUGGAAGACUUUGAUCACCAUUGCAAGUGGUUGAACACCUGUGUGGGUGGGAGAAACUACAGGUUCUUCUUUUUGGCGCUGUGUUCGGCCACAACAGGCGUCUUCCUGGUCAUCGUUAUCGUCUUGUUCAUAUUCAUCCAACACUAUUUGGAUCCGCUGAGCCUGCGGACCUCGCCACAUUUUAACAGUAUAAUUGGGAAUACUACCUGGCUGGUGUUUUUACCAGUAGCUCCCAUAAAGACUAGCUCGGCUGGUCUCCUCAUAUUAGCCUUCCUAACAGUGAUGCUGAGCGUCGCCUGCCUGCUGCUGCUCUGUCAUCUGCUGGGCUUCCACCUCUACCUCUUUUAUAAAGGCAUAAGCACGUACGAUUAUGUAAAGAAACAGCGCCAAAAAGAAGCUAGGAAUCAAGACAUCGAGAUGGGAAACUCUCACGACUCCAAAAGCCAUAACAAGAGUCCGCAGAACCCAGAGAACACAAUUGACUGUGAGCCGACGUUAUCGCGGACUUCAAGUUCCUGCCAGUUUGACGACAAAGGCCCGCUCGCCAGCCGACUUUCAGAGUCCAUAUGCACAGAGCUGGAGAGCUUUAAGAAGUCAGCCGAAAAGGAGACGAGCUUCCGUUAUGGCACAAACAGUCCUGCUGAGAAUACAGCAAGGGAAAUGUCUACGAAUGGCAAGAAAAGCUGGAAGCUAGACGACGAUGAAGAGGUUCAGAAGCCUGUGGACAGUGUCCCUCGGGUGCAGGACCCUCUGGGCAGCUCGGUUAUGACUCCCGACGAGAGUUAGCAGCGACUGACGUCGACGUAGCGGUGGAUCCGAUAUAUGCUGCUCUCUGGAACAAUUCACCAUGAAAACUGAAUGACGUAUGAGAAGUCUUGGACCAGAAACAGUCAUCAUGGAACAGUUUUUUUUUUUUUUAAUCCAAAGACAUUUUGAAAGUUAACUGAAUAACUGUGGACUUACCACUGGGUCCGUUCCCUCUUUAUUUGCACUUGUGUGUUUUUAUGGUCGAAUUAUUUAAAGCAUUGUUUUAUCUCACUGACCUGAACAGGGAAGUAAAGUCCAGCCACGCUCCCAGGUUAGUCUCUGUUCCACUAGCUUCAGUCACAUAUGGACACUGUUACACUUUAGCUGUUACACUGGAGUUUACUGUUCAUUUUAGUACCGACUCUAAUAUAGCAUCUUGUCAUUGCAUCUUAUCACAAAAACCACUGAAAGCAGCGGAGCAGAUUCUACUCUACACCUCUCUCCUUUUUUACUGUUUUUAUGAAGCACAAGUUGUACAGCAAAUGUUUUAGCAAACUUUUAUAGUAAAUAAUAAAAAUGCACCAACUGUGCCUUUUUUAUUAACAA